AUGGAUAUGAUGAUAAUUUCUGAAUUAAUCGAAAAACAGAAGAAUUAUAUUCUAGAAGAAACAAGAAAGCUAUUAAAAGAUCAUGAAAAAGUAUUCACGUCAAUAACAGCAGCAAAUAUGAAAAUACUUACUGAGCAAUUAGAAAAGAAUGAAAAAGUCGGAAGCAAAAACUUAACUAAAAUCAAUAACAUUGUAAUUGAUUUAGAAACAACAAAUAAAAAUGCUAUGUCUUUAGCAGCUGAUUGCAGCGAUAUUAUCAAAGCUAUUCAAAUUAACGAAAAGAUUAUUACCGAUAAAUUUGAAGUUGUAAAGAAAAAGAAAAAAGAGUUAAGCAAUAAAAUGAAAGACAAUAGCAAAAUACUUAAAAUUAAAAGUAAACUUAGAGAAAUUGAAGAUUCCUCACGAAGGAGCAACCUAAGAAUAGAAGGCAUAAAAGAAAACGGAAAUGAAAAUUUGAGUGUCAAUGAAUCCAAGGUGCAGAAGCUCUUUGAAGAUAUACUUGGUUUAAAAAAUAUAAAAAUGGAGAGGGCUUACAGGAUUGGACUUAGAAGCACACAUAAAAUUCGACCAAUCGUUGUCAAGAUAAUUAACUAUAAAGACAAAGUAGACAUUUUAAAACAGGCAAAAAAUUUAAUUUUGCGUUGA